UGGGGUGUGAUGUGCUCCCCCAGUGCAGAGAUGUGGAAUGUCCCCCCCAGGAUCAGGCGGCCCCCAUUGGACAGAUCGGUGUGUUAUUAUUUGUAGCAUUCUGUCUCCGAUCGCCUGCGAUUGUUCCAUGGAGUGACAUCCCUCCCCGCCCGCCCGCCCGGUGAUCGGAGGAAGGAUCGGUGUGAUUUAUGUCCUCAGCCGCCUGACGUUCAGUCCUCCUCGCUCAUCCACCAACAUGUCUGCUCCUGUCGGGCCCAGGGGCGGCCCUCCGCCUCCCGCACAGCCGCUCUUACCGGAGAUGCCGGACCUCAGCCACCUGACCGAGGACGAGAGGAGGACCAUCCUGGCCGUCAUGGACCGGCAGAAGAAGGAAGAGGAGAAGGAGCAGUCUGUACUCAAGAAAUUGCACCAGCAGUUUGAAUCGUACAAAGAGCAAGUAAAGAAGAUGGGCGAUGAAGCUCAGCAGACACAGGAGCCGAAGGGGGACGCUCCCACCUGCGGGAUCUGCCACAAAACAAAGUUUGCAGAUGGCUGCGGCCAUAACUGUUCAUAUUGCCAAACAAAGUUCUGCGCACGUUGUGGAGGGAGAGUGUCAUUGCGCUCAAGCAAGGAGGAUAAAGUGGUGAUGUGGGUAUGCAAUUUGUGCCGAAAACAACAAGAAAUCCUCACUAAAUCUGGAGCCUGGUUUUACAGUAGUGGGUCAAAUACAACACAGAAGGGCAGUGACGAGGCCCAGGUAGGGCUCCAGAACGAAGAAGCACCUCAGGAGAAGAAGGCUAAGCUGCAAGAGCAGUCCCAGUACCAGGGACCCUCAGGGGACUUAAUCACACCAGCCACAGACAAAAGCCGGCCACAAGGGAUCGUAAGGCAAGACUCCAUUAAAAAUGGCUCUGGAAUAAAGCAUUCAGUUCCCAGCGAUCUACCAUCAGACAGGAAAAGAAGUCCAUCCAUAUCCAGAGACCAGAAUCGAAGAUACGACUCUCGGGACGAUAUAGGGGAACAUUCACAGUAUGUUACAUCAGACAGCGCAAUGCCUAGAUCACCAUCAGAUUUUUCUGACCGGCGAUCGCCGCGGGGGCCUCAGAUGUAUGAUGAACCUGAGCACGAUGAUUACCGGAGAAGUCGGAGGCAUUCUAAUGAGUAUUCGGUAGAUGAGGAGGACAUUCAGGACAGGGAUGAAUAUGAGAGACAAAGGCGGGAAGAGGAGUAUCAAGCGAGGUAUAGGAGUGACCCUAAUUUGGCUCGAUAUCCGGUAAAACCUCAACCUUAUGAAGAACAGAUGCGCAUCCAUGCAGAGGUUUCACGAGCGCGACAUGAAAGGAGACAUAGUGACGUUUCUCUAGCUCACACAGAGUUAGAAGAGUCUCGGAUGUCAAUGCUGAGGCUAGACAGACCGUCACGGCAAAGGUCUGCAUCUGAACGUAGGGCGGCCAUGGAGAGUCAGCGCUCUUAUUCUAUAGAAAGAACUAGAGAUGUGCAGGGGCCAAGUCCUGGUCGACAAAGGAACUCAAAUCAUAGUCCCCCAACUCCUAGGCGGAGCCCUAUUCCUAACGAUAGGCCAGAGUUGAGGCGUAGUGAUUCUUUACGGAAGCAGCAACACUUGGAUCCAAGUUCUGCCGUGAGGAAAACCAAAAGAGAAAAAAUGGAAACCAUGCUUAGGAACGACUCGCUUAGUUCAGACCAGUCUGAAUCUGUCAGGCCACCACCGCCCAAGCCUCAUAAAACGAAAAAGGGAGGUAAAACACGCCAGAUCUCGUUGAGCAGCUCGGAAGAAGAGCUGGCUUCAACGCCGGAGUACACGAGUUGUGACGAUGUUGAGAUUGAAAGUGAAAGUGUGAGUGAGAAAGGUGACAUGGAGUAUUGGAUGGAGCACACCUCUUGGCACAGCAGUGAGGCAUCCCCAAUGUCUUUGCACCCUGUUACGUGGCAAGCGUCCAAAGAUGGCGACCGAUUAAUUGGCCGUAUCUUAUUAAAUAAGCGGUUAAAAGAUGGCAGCGUGCCUCGAGAUUCUGGAGCUAUGCUUGGUCUAAAGGUUGUGGGAGGAAAAAUGUCAGAGACUGGUCUUCUCUGUGCUUAUAUCACCAAAGUGAAGAAGGGAAGCCUAGCAGACACUGUUGGGCGGCUGCGACCGGGUGAUGAGGUUUUAGAAUGGAAUGGGCGGAUAUUACAAGGUGCAACAUUUGAAGAAGUUUACAAUAUAAUUCUGGAGUCCAAACCAGAGGCACAAGUAGAAUUAGUGGUCUCCAGACCCAUAGGAGAUAUCCCCAGGAUACCUGAUAGCACACACGCCCCGCAAGAUUCCAGUUCUAGUUCGUUUGAGUCCCAGAAAAUGGAUCGUCCCUCCAUAUCUGUCACUUCUCCAAUGAGUCCUGGAAUGUUGCGUGACGCUCCCCAGUUCCUGUCUGGACAAAUUUCAAUAAAACUCUGGUAUGACAAAGGUGGUCAUCAACUAAUAGUCACUAUAUUAGGAGCGAAGGACCUACCAUCCAGAGAAGAUGGGAGACCGAGAAAUCCUUAUGUUAAAAUUUAUUUUCUUCCUGAUCGAAGUGAUAAGAACAAAAGAAGAACAAAGACUGUGAAGAAGACAUUAGAACCCAAAUGGAAUCAAACAUUUAUGUACUCUCCAGUUCCUCGGAGGGAGUUUAGAGAACGGAUGUUGGAGAUUACACUUUGGGAUCAAGCCAGAGUUCGAGAGGAAGAAAGUGAAUUCUUAGGAGAGAUUCUAAUAGAAUUAGAAACUGCACUUUUAGAUGAUGAGCCACAUUGGUACAAGCUACAGACGCAUGAUGUGUCUUCAUUACCACUACCCCACCCAUCUCCCUUUAUGCAGCGGAGGCAGAUGCAUGGGGAAAGCCCGACCAGAAGAUUGCAAAGAUCCAAGAGAAUAAGUGACAGUGAAGUAUCUGACUAUGACUGCGAUGAUGCCGUUGGGGUUGUAUCAGAUUACCGGCACAAUGGACGUGACAUGCAGAGUUCAACAUUAUCUGUUCCAGAGCAAGUCAUGUCAUCCAAUCACUGUUCCCGGACAGGAUCCCUCCAUGUAGAUAGUAUAGGAAGGACGAGAUCCUGGUCUCCGAGUGUUCCACCUCCACAAAGUAGGAGUAUGGAACAGGGACCAAGAGGGACAAGAUCUGGCCCUGAACAGUACAAUUACAUGGGCAGAGUGGAAAGGCAUCGUGUAUUAGAUAACCACUACUCCCCAAACAGAGAAAGGAAUUGCGAACCGGCAGAUAGACACCCAUAUCAAAGAUCCAGGUCCACAGAGCAACGGCCUGUACUUGAGCGGACCAACUGCCGCUCCCGAUCCACUGAGCGCCCUGACUCAAACCUCAUGAGGUCGAUGCCUUCAUUAAUGACGGGAAGAUCUGCCCCUCCUUCACCUGCCUUAUCGAGGGCACAUCCUCGUGCUGGCUCUGUUCAAACAAGCCCGUCAGGCACACCGUUAGCAGGACGCAGAGGUCGUCAGCUGCCGCAACUCCCACCGAAGGGGUCGCUGGACCGAAAAGACUUGGAUUUGCCACGGAGACGAAACUCAGGUUCGAUGGAUGUAGAAGAGAGGAAUCGGCAGAUAAAGAUGAAGAUCAACAAAUAUAAGCAGACGACUGGCUCAGACUCAAGACUAGAAAAAGAUUAUAAUUCCAAGUACCGAUCCGGACGGGAUCCGCAGAGGGGCUCAGACAAUGUUUCCAACAAAUCAUCAGACAGCGAUGUGAGCGAUGUAUCCGCCGUUUCCAGGACAAGCAGUGCCUCCCGCUUCAGCAGUACCAGCUACAUGUCUGUCCAGUCUGAGAGGCCGCGAGGGAACAAGAAAAUAAGUGUUUUUACAUCCAAAAUGCAAAGCAGACAGAUGGGAGCCUCUGGAAAAAACAUGACUAAAAGUACCAGCAUCGGAGGAGAUAUGUAUACAUUGGAGAAGAACGACGGCAGCCAGUCCGACACAGCUGUGGGAACUGUAGGCACAGGAAACAAGAAACGGCGAUCCAGCAUCGGCGCCAAAAUGGUGGCUAUUGUUGGCCUAUCAAGGAAAAGCAGAAGUACCUCACAGCUCAGCCAAACAGAAGUUGGAGGUAAAAAGUUAAAAAGCACGAUCCAACGAAGUACAGAAACUGGACUAGCAGUGGAGAUGAGAAAUUGGAUGACCAGACAAGCAAGUCGAGAGUCUAACGAUGGGAGUAUGAACAGUUACAGCUCUGAGGGAAACUUAAUAUUUCCUGGGGUCCGGUUGGGUUCUGACAGCCAAUUCAGUGAUUUCUUGGAUGGAUUAGGUCCUGCACAGCUGGUUGGACGACAGACGUUAGCAACUCCUUCAAUGGGGGACCUUCAGAUUGGAAUGAUGGAUAAGAAGGGACAGUUGGAGGUGGAAAUUAUACGAGCGCGUGGGCUUGUAACAAAACCAGGGUCCAAGACACUGCCAGCACCAUACGUAAAGGUGUAUCUAUUAGAAAAUGGAGUUUGCAUAGCCAAAAAGAAAACAAAAGUAGCAAGAAAAACGCUGGAGCCUUUAUACCAGCAACUGUUAUCUUUUGAAGACUCACCCCAAGGAAAGGUCUUACAGAUAAUUGUGUGGGGUGACUAUGGACGGAUGGAUCACAAAUCUUUUAUGGGUGUGGCACAGAUACUUUUAGAUGAACUGGACCUUUCCAAUAUGGUGAUUGGAUGGUUUAAACUAUUUCCCCCUUCCUCUCUAGUAGACCCAACAUUGGCUCCUUUAACCAGGAGAGCUUCUCAGUCUUCUCUUGAAAGUUCCACAGGACCUUCUUAUUCUAGGUCAUAGCACCUGUAAAAAUAAACUGUUGUCUCUGCAACCAGCGUUUCAAAAAUAAACAACGUCAAAAUCACAAGAUUACGAAAUAUGACAGGUCGCGCACCCUGGUAAACACUGCAUGCUUAAUUUUGUGUCUUCUGAGCCUGUUACUAGGGAUAAUGGGCGAUCCUGCGCUCUCAGCGGAAGUCGCACACAUUGUGCGCUAUAGAAGGCUCUCAGGUGAUGGAGGGGAGCUAGCUGACGGCAUUGAAGACCAGUGAAGCUCAGUUCUAGUUGAGUCUGAAGCCAUGGAUUAUUGACACUAACAAAAGAAAUAUUUCACGCGACGAAAGUCAUCUUCAGUGACAUAUCACGUUGUUGCAACAUUUUCUUUUUUAUAUUUGCCCCCAAAGAUUGGAAACGCCUGCGAAGGAACCCUGAGUAAGGAGAUCGAUAAAGUAUGGGGUACUACAAGGAGUAUGAAAUCCGAUGGAACGCCAGUGUUAUUAAGAAGUUAUUUAGAAGGUCACACAUGCCCAUAGAUUGAAGCAAAGUUUGCUUAGCAGUAGCAUUAAUGGAGUCCACUAUUUGACGAAUUUCACCAGGGAAGAAUUUUUCUGUGGUUAUCCGGUACUUCAGAGACAAAAACAUUGUUUUUUGUUUUGCAUGAACAUGGAUCUAAGUGAACACUAAAAUAAUUUUCUUUGGCCUGCAACUUGCAAAAAAUAUGAAACAAAAUAACAAAAAGAUACAGCCAUUUUCAACAAUUUAUAUUCUUUUUGAGAAAAAGAUUUCACUAGUGCAUGGUUUAAAAAAAAAAGGGGGGGGGGAGCGAAUGCAACGGCGUGAAACAAAGACAAACCACGUUUCUCAUUCUAAAAAAACAAUCAUGGUCUGUGUUUUUGCAGGCAUAUGUUAAAAUAAAAUUUCUUUCUAGCAAAUAUUUAAAAUUCUCUUUAUGUGACAAAAAAUGUAACAUAUAUGAUUUAUUUAAAUGUUAAAAGGUACAAACCUUGUAGAGUUGAACAUGUACAUGUCCACCAUUUCUUCUUUCCUAGGUCCCUGUUUUUUGCAUUGUGUCCCACGAUCUUCCCAAACCUCUUUUCUGAUGCCAUUCUUUCAGGUUGGUUGAUGGCACACCACCUUACCCUGUGUGCCUUGAUUGCUUCUCUGUCCCCAUGUUUGGAAACUUUUUGCAGAUUUUUUUCCUGCAUUCUUGAAAUGUUUGACAAAAUUCCUUGUUUGACCUGCCAGAUACAGUGAAGGUCAUCCUCUUGAUGUCCAUUGCAUAGCAACCUUUCUUGAAAAUCAAGCAUGUUGAAAAGAAUUUUGCAACAUGGCUUGAGAAUACCUAAGGUAAUUCAGCAUGUAUUUGAUAUAAAAGAUAUUUGAACUUUUUUGCAAUAUCUUGUACAGUGCAUGGUAACGAUUUUUUUCACCAUCAAAUUGAGUCUUAAAGGGAAUAAAAUUAUUUAGCUAAGUGGCCAUUGUCCAUCUUCGUACAUUCUCAGUGCCCAGCAUUGUUGAACUCGAGAGUUUGGUGGAAAGUUCUCUCUUUGAACAAAAGAAUAUCCACUAUUUUUCAAUUAAGGUAUGCCCUUUUUGCACUUUGUCAGAGUUGUGUAUCAUACAAGCAACGUUUUUACUUGAUCUUUUAUUUUCGAUGCUACAAAGGUCAAACUUUUCAAAGUUGCUUUGUUAUGAAUGGCAGUUCAGUCGGUGUCAUGGCUGACCACACUUGCUGAUUUUUUUCUUGCCGAUGGCAUGCUUCUUUCAAUGAAAUGUUAUGUUAUGGUGAAGUAGUUCUAACACCGGGCUCUAGCUGCCAUAUUUGUGGUCCUGUAACUUUUUAGGAACACAACCGUUGAGCUCUGUGGGACCUUAAUGUUCACCCCCUUCUCCCCCCCCCCCAACUUCCCAAGGUAAAACCAAAAAUAUCUGUUUGGGUGUGUUGCCGAUUUGCAUCUUGAAAUUCGAAGGCUCCAAUAUUAUUUAUCAUAGUGUACUGGUUCAGAUAGAUGAAUUGUGACAUUGCCUUUAUUUUUUUACUUUCUUUAUCUUCUAAAUCAGUCUUAAAGUGAACCUGCAGCCAGGCUAUGGACCUUAAAGUGGUUUACAUAUUCUUAACAAGUAAAAAUCAAAUAUUAAAGCAAGCCCUCUGUAGCUAAAAGUACUGUGGAGCAAUUCAUCCUCAAGCUUCAGGCUUCAUGUGCACUGGUUAUUUUUGAUGCUGCUCUUAGGGGUGUCUAACUUUUUUUAUGCCUCUAAACACCCCAGCAUAUUUGCCUAUGUUUCCAUGCACACAUAGAUGUUUAGAGGCAGGGGCAUUUAGAUGCAGAGAAGAAAUCCACUGCCAGUGUUUCCAGGAGCAGCAGCGUUUUGGCAGAAAAAACACCUGACAAGUUUUACCGCAUUUAAACACGCAAUAAUGCUAGGCGCAUUUAGCCCUUGAGGGUUAAUUCAUUUCAGUCACAGAACAAUAUUUUAUUAUGGCCAAUGAAAUGACUUAAAGUGUUUGUAACCCCCAUUCAUGAAAUUUGACCUAUGUGUAGUGUUUAUUUAUCUCUCUCCAAAGCUCUA